AUGAGACUCAAAUCUUCAGCCAUUUGUCUCAUCGCAAGCUGCGGCUCGCUUUGUAGUGCCACAGACCGCAUCCUCAAGCAUGGUUCUCCUGAAUCAGUGGGCCUUCUCGCUGAGCCUCUGCAACAGCUGCCACUAAACUUGAGCAUGUACACUAUUCCUGCCAACUAUGGAGCACCUUCGCACAAUGUGAUCCACCCCAUCCAACCCGGAGGCUCCGUUGUCAUCGGUCACAAGUCCACCAUCGUGAGCGCCUUCGCUUUCGGAAAUGUGACUCUGUAUGCAGACUCCAAUGGCACAUUGCUCCCUCCCGCAGAAUGGACCCCGGCCAAAAUGGAUACAAUCUACGAUAUGGCAAGUCUGACCAAAGUGUUCACUGCGGUAGCCGCAUUGCGCGCCAUUGACGAGGGCAAACUAAACUUGUACAACACCGUUGCGUCCUACCUUCCCGAGUUCGCGGCCAAUGGAAAGAGCAACAUCACUGUCCUGAUGCUGUUGACCCAUACAAGCGGGUUCGCUCCAGACCCUCUACCCGGACUAUAUGAAGAACCUUACAAGACCAUGAAGCAGCGUGUCGAUGCUGUCAUCAAGUAUGGGCUUGAAAAUGCUCCUGGAUCUACGUACACGUACUCAGACCUGAACUUUAUGAACCUGCGCUUCUUGCUGGAGAAGGUCACCAAAACACCAUUUGAGGAGUACGUCUACUCAUUUACCCGCGAGCUUGGCAUGACCAGCACUUUCUUCAACAAGGGAAACAAUCAGUCCCCUUCAUUCCAUUACUACGCGCGCAUGGCGCCAACAGAGUACCAGAUCGAAGUUCUGGGAGACGCCGAGCCCAAACGUCCCCAGCCAGUGCGAGGAACCGUGCACGAUGAGAACGCCUGGUCUCUUGGUGGUGUGAGCGGACACGCCGGUCUCUUUUCCACUGCCCAGGACGUGGCAAUUUUCUGCCAAAUGAUCUUGAACAAUGGCACAUAUGGUGGCAAGCGGAUACUGAAGCCGAAGACUGUGGACUUGAUGUUCACGAAUUUUAAUACAGCAUUCCCUGGUAAUGAGCACAGUAUCGGGUUCGAGCUCAACCAGAACUAUUUCUCGGGACCUAUGGCUAAUAUGCUGGCUGGAGGCCACACGGGCUUCACUGGUACCACGCUUGUUGUUGAUCGGGCGUCGGAUACUUUUAUGGUCAUGUUGGCUCAUCGUGUGUAUCCGAAUCGGAACUGGUCGAGUAACAAUAUUGUUCGGGAGGCGGUAGGCUAUUGGGUUGCCCGCUCGCUUGGUCGGGAUGUUGCCUUCCCAUGA